AAUCUCAACUAAAUGCUUCUCGUUCAGUUGUAAUAUAUCCACUAGUCAGACUCUUCUUCCACCUAAUUUCUGGUUUUUCAUUCCAUCAGUUUACGGCUCCACUCCACCGACUCUUCUUCCACCUCCAAAAGACAAAGCCCAGAGAGCCUGACAAUUCAUAUUAGUGGUGAGUUUGCAUGCAUCAGAUGAUAGAUAUAACCCUAUCCACCAUACCCACCAUUGUUAGGACAAAGCAAUUAACCAUCUUGAUGCCGUCUCUACUGCCCUACAACAUACAAUUCGAUCUCGAAAGCUGAAUCGAGGAAUGCUCUGUAAAGGUCCUUCGAAAAGGCUCACCGCUCACCAGGUUUUAGGAGCUAGAGGCUGAAAUUUCAAUACCGAACUACGACUUAUUGGAAGAAUACCUGAAAACAGAUGACCCCUUUCCGAUUAGUCACAAAAAAACCCGCAGCAAAGCACGGGCUCAUUUACUAGUCUGUACUCUGUAUCGGAAGCUAGGCUUUCUCUCAUGGAGACGCAUAUGGAGCUCCAGCCACACGUGCUACUACUGCCCUUCCCAGCACAAGGCCACAUCAAGCCCAUGCUAGCCUUGGCGCAGCUUCUCUGCCACGCCGGCAUCCACGUCACCUUCCUCAACACCGAGCACAACCACCGCCAGCUCACCCAACGCCAAGCCCUCUCCGCCCGAUUCCCUACUCUCCACUUCCACUCCAUCUCCGACGGCCUCCCCUCCGAUAAUCCACGCUCCCUUUCCUCUAAUUUCAUGGACAUAGUCACGUCCUUGAGGUCCAAAACGGCGCCACUCCUGCAUCAACUCCUGGUCUCCCUCACAAGCAAAAUCGACGUCGGCUCUGCAGCUCAGCUGCCUCCUUUGGGCUGUGUGAUAACGGACUGGCUCAUGUGUUUCGCAAUUGAAGCGGCGGAGGAGGUCGGAAUUCCCGUGAUUGCCUUCCGCACCACCAGCGCUUGCAGCUUCUGGUGUGACUCAUGCAUCCCCAAGCUAAUUGAAGAAGCUCAGCUGCCUUUUGGAGAUGAAGAUAUGGCUAUGACGGUGAGAGGCAUUCUUGGGAUGGAAUGCCUUUUACGACGAAGGGACCUACCGAGUAUUUGCAGAUUACCAAUCGAGCACCCGGUUAUCCAGUUUUACAUGGAAGAGGCCAAAUCCAUAACUCGAGCUUCCAGUAUCAUUAUUAACACCUUCGACGACCUCGAGUCCUCAGUUCUCUCCCACAUUGCCUCUCGAUUUUCAAAUAUUUACACCGUCGGACCAUUGCAUGCUCUCCUCAAAUCCCGUUUCGUGGACGACAACCUAGCUUCCUCAUCCUCCGCCGCCGCCUCUUUGCGCCAAGAAGACCGUGGUUGCAUGAUGUGGCUGGACUCCCAGAGGGUUGGGUCUGUUAUUUUCGUGAGCUUCGGAAGUGUAGUGAAACUAACACGUGCUCAAUUACUAGAGUUUUGGCACGGAUUGGUUAAUAGUGCGUCCCCUUUUCUAUGGGUCAUCCGCUCAGAUUUGCUACGGAGUAGCGCAGGAGAGCACGCAAGUCACCUGACCCCGGCAGAGUUGGAGAUAGGUACAAAAGAACGGGGGUUUAUAGUGGAUUGGGCCCCGCAAGAAGAGGUCCUGGCCCAUAAAGCUGUGGUUGGGUUUUUGACCCAUAGCGGGUGGAAUUCAACACUGGAGGCAAUUUGGGCCGGAGUCCCAAUGCUUUGCUGGCCCCAACUAGCCGACCAACAGGUGAAUAGUAGAUGGGUUGGAGAGGUUUGGAAGAUUGGGGUUGAUAUGAAGGACACAUGUGAUAGAUCGACGAUCGAGAAGAUGAUCAAAACCUUAAUGGAAGGUAAAGAAAGAGAUAUGAUUUCAAGGUCGGUUGAUCAAAUUGCAAAAUUGGCGCAAACUUCUGUGAGUGAAAGUGGCUCUUCAUAUCAUAACCUAGAGAAACUUAUUCAAUACUUAAGAAAUUUAUGAUUUGAUGUGUAUAAGAUUCACAGUUUCAUACUUGUAUAUGCAAGAAGUUCAGUUGGGAUCUCUACCUCUUUCUACUUUUCUAGUGAGAGAAACUCUCACUUCUCUCUAAACCAACCCACCGCUUCUUUUACUCCUCCUUCUCCCCCCUUUCUUGCCAGAUCUAGAUCAUUCUGAUCUGGAUCUUUGGCUUGAAAGUCGGGGGAGGUACUGACAAUCAAUUUUCCCUCUUCGUGAGGCUUUAUGUAUCUAUGCUCGGCUUUUUAAUUUCUGUUUUCUUUCCGUUUGUUGUUCUGGGCGGUUUUACUCGGAGUUUGUCUCCGUUUUGGCCCUGUUUGGUUCUUGUUGUUCCCAAUCUUCCUUUUUCCAGUUUCUUCUGUCUUCAUCCUCUUCCCCUCGUUCGUCUUUCUUCUGCCAAGAUCGGUUCUCUCGCUCUUCGGAGCUUUCAAAGUGGGGUUUACCUCCUAUCGCACUGGGUGAUGCUACAAGAUCCUGUGUACCCUGUGGUGCCUGGUUCUUUGAUCCCUUACCGGAUCUCACCCGAUCCUUCCAUCCGGUUUAUCCGGUUGUUUAUCUGGUUACUUUGUUCUUGGCAGAUUUGGCUUGAUGUGGUGGAGAUGGUGUUGGCUUUGAUCCUUGGAAAUCUGAUGGCUUGGUGCAUCGAAUUCGGCAUGGGUCUCACUCCUGCGCGUUCGACAUGGUUGGAUUUGGUUGCUGACUUCUUUGCCGUGGCUCGGUUGCUUCGUCCUUCUUGUCGGUGGUUGCAGUUAGUUGGUGGCUGUUGUUUGUUUGUUUUGUUCUUAGUUUGGCCUUUUUGUGCCUUGUUGUUGGUUGUUGCUUCCUUUGGGAGGCUGUUGUCUCACUGUAAUCUUUUUGUGUUUCAAUAACACCUCUUGAUGUUUAA